AGAGAGACACAGAGAGAGACAGCGAGAGAGACACCGAAAGACAGAGACACAUAGAGAGAGAGACACAGAAGGAGAGAUACAGAGAGACAUAGAGAGACAGAGAGAGACAGAGAGAAAGACAGAAAGAGAGACAGCGAGAGAGACACCGAAAGACAGAGACACAGAGAGAAAGACAGAGAAAGAGAGAGACGGAAAAAGAGAGAGACAGAAAAACAGAGAGACAGCGAAAGAGAGACACAGAGACAGAGAGAGAGAGAGAGAGAGAGAGAGAGAGAGAGAGAGAGAGAGAGAGACGCCUCAGGCGGAAUAAACACUGAGGUAAUAAACACUGCUGCUGCUCUCUGCCUCUUCACAACACACCGAGUCGCGAAAUAAACAAGUGCUGUGGUGCCGACGCUGUCCGGAUGGUUAAAUCCAACCUCCAGACGAUCCUGAAUAGCCAUUGUUUUGCCAGAGAAAAAGAGAGAAAUAUACCCAAGAUGCCAGUAGUCGAAGUAACCCACAAUACACCUGAGAUCAAAAGUCCCAGCAGGUGCCCUCGGUGUUACAGUAACCCGUGUCCGGGGCCUCUGUGGUGUUCCGAUGCCCCUCUCCCACCCCUAAAGAUCCCAGGUGGGCGAGGGAACGAUCAGAGGGAUCACAAUCUUUCAGCUAAGUUAUUCUAUUCUGACACUCAGUUGCUGGUCCUUGAGGAGCCUACACCUUUGAACAGCCGUGUGCGUUUUUUGCUCUUUGAGCGGCGUAGUUCUGAGAUCAAGCCUGUAGUGUGGCGGGGGUCACUGGUCGGGGUUAGGCUUUACAUCGAGAUCCCGCCAGGAGCUCUUCCUGAAGGAAGCAAGGACAGCUUUGCACUCUUGCUAGAGUUUGCAGAGGAGAAGCUUCAGGUUGAUUACGUCUUCAUUUGCUUCCAGAAAAAUCGCGACGACAGAGCAUCGCUGCUGCGGACGUUCAGUUUCCUGGGCUUUGAGAUUGUGAGACCGGGUCAUUCACUUGUCCCAUCCCGCCCUGAUGCUUUCUUCAUGGCUUACAGUAUCGAAAGAGAAUUGGACAAUGACGAAUAAUACUCAAUAAAUCAUCACCUUCAGUGCUUUGUGCUCAUUCACUCUUCAUUUUUCACCAGUAAAAGAAUCCUACACCUUUUCUGCAACGCGCAUCGAUGCUUUCUGUGAAUUCUUUAGUAGUUUUUAUGUCGGUUUGCUUUAGUGAAGUUUCCACUUUAAAUCAUUAGGCAAUCACAUUCCCAUACACUGCUCUUUAGAGUCUAAUAUUUAUGGCUGUGAUUCCCACGCAAAAAAUGUAUGUGAGUAAAUUUGUUUCCUUCCUGAUUUUUACACGUGCAGUGUUUUUGUUUUUAUUUUUCUCUUAAUGUGUGCAUGACUCCUAAAGUUUAUUGUUCCAAAUUCAUUUGAAGUAAUCUGCAUGUUGUAAGAGAGUGCAGAAUAAAUUUGGUCACCCCA